UGCAGUAGUAGCAGAGACAAACAUGGGCGGGAAUCGAGGUCGGACGCAGCGUAAGCACUUUAGGAAAUCCAGAGAGAACGUUUGGAAGAAGGACAGAUCCGAUAAUCCUUCCUCCGAGAAGUCUAGUUGGGAACCUUUCGCUACUCAGAACCUCGAUUUCGAAGAGUACUACAAGGGCCAGGGAAUAGUGCCCCAAGAAGAAUGGGAUGUGUUCAUGGAGAUUCUUCGGAAGCCACUGCCGGCUUCUUUCAGAAUCAAUUCCAGUGGCCAGUUUUUUAAGGACAUCCGGUCGCAGUUAGAGAAUGACUUUAUGAAAUCUUUUGAGGCUGAGGUCCCUGAUGGUGAACUGGAGCCUAUUCGGCCAUUGCCCUGGUAUCCGGAAAAUCUUGGUUGGCAUUCAAAUUUCUCCCGCAUGCAGUUAAGGAAGAACCAAACCCUUGAGAGGUUUCAUGAGUUCUUAAAGCAAGAAAAUGAAAUUGGAAACAUCACAAGACAAGAAGCUGUCAGCAUGGUACCUCCACUAUUUCUGGAUGUGCAUCGCCAUCAUUUUGUACUUGACAUGUGUGCAGCUCCUGGUUCAAAAACAUUCCAAUUACUUGAGAUUAUACACCAAUCAACUGAACCUGGAUUGCUACCUGAUGGAAUGGUUAUUGCGAAUGAUGCUGACACCCAAAGGUGUAAUCUUCUCAUACACCAGACAAAAAGAAUGUGCAGUGCCAACUUGAUAGUUACAAAUCAUGAGGCUCAACACUUCCCUAGUUGCCAUUCGAACAAAAAUUGCUUGGACAUAUCUGAAACAGAAAGUUUCAAGGAUCCAAUGAUUAGUCAACUCUUAUUUGACAGUGUCUUAUGUGAUGUUCCCUGCAGUGGAGAUGGCACCCUUCGCAAGGCUCCUGAUAUUUGGAGGAAGUGGAAUGCCGGAAUGGGCAAUGGGGUCCAUCGCCUCCAAGUGCAGAUAGCCAUGCGUGGUAUUCAAUUGCUUAAAGUUGGUGGAAGAAUGGUUUACUCAACCUGCUCAAUGAAUCCAGUUGAGAAUGAAGCAGUGGUUGCUGAGAUUCUGCGUAGGUGUGGAGGAUCAGUUGAACUUUUAGAUGUCUCCACUGAGCUCCCUCAAUUGGUUCGGAGGCCUGGUCUUAAGAAAUGGAAGGUUAGAGAUAAGGGCAUCUGGUUAGCUUCCUACAAAGAUGUUCCAAGAUACCGAAGAGGGGCAAUUGUUCCAAGCAUGUUUCCUUCAGGUAGUAGCUCUGACACAGGAAAUGCUCCAUCUGAUGGUUUGCAAGAAGAUACGGGCCCACUUGAGGACCUAGAUAUGGGAAAUUCACCUAGCUCUGUAAAGAGACUAAAGAAUGGCGGUAAUAUAGAUUGUGGAGAGGGACUUGGACAAUUAGAAAAUUUUGUCAUUCCAACUGUUGUUUCGGAUGAUGAAGUUUCUAGUCUCCCUUUAGAACGUUGUAUGAGGAUUCUGCCGCAUGAUCAGAACACUGGAGCCUUUUUCAUUGCUGUAUUUCACAAGCUUUCUCCCUUGUCUGCAGCAACCUUGGAGAAUCAGGGACAAUUGACUUCUGGGAACAUGGAGUUGCCCAAGAAGUUAGCAGAUGAGUUAAUUGAAGAUACGAAUGAGUUGGAGAUUAAUCCAUCAGAAGAUGGUGGAGGUCAUCUGUAUUCUGAAGUAACUUCUGAUGCUGAUUUACCUGAUAAACAACCAGAGGAAGGUGCUUUGGAACCUGAUUCUAAUGGGAUAUGUGAGGAGAAGGAACCUGAGGAAUCCAAUAUCCAUGGGGAUGGGGAGACUAGCCUUGAAAGUUCUAAAAAUGUGAAGCGAAAAUUACAGAUUCAAGGAAAAUGGAGAGGAGUGGAUCCCGUUGUUUUUUUCCGGGAUGAAACCAUCAUCAGUAGCAUAAAAGCAUUCUAUGGUGUUAACGAAUCCUUUGCUCUUGAUGGUCACCUUGUGACACGAAAUCUUGAUACUCACCAUGUGAAAAGAAUUUAUUAUAUAUCAAAGUCAGUUCAGGGUGUUCUCAACCUAAAUUUCCUAGCUGGACAGCGCCUUAAGAUAGCUUCCGUUGGCCUCAAGACAUUUGAGCGUCAAACUUCAAGAGAAGGUACAUCUACAGAAUGUGCUUUUCGGAUAUCAUCAGAAGGGUUGCCUUUGCUCCUCCCAUAUAUCACCAAGCAGAUUCUAUGUGCAUCCUUGGUUGACUUCAAGCACCUCUUGCAAUACAAGACAAUCAAAUUUGCAGAUUUUGUUGAUGCUGAGUUCGGUGAGAAGGCAUCCAAGCUCAAGUUGGGCUGUUGCAUUUUUGUGCUGAGAAAAGAAAGUGAAGGUACUUCCGAUCCUGUUCGAGUGGAUGCCUCAACAAUAGCUAUCGGUUGCUGGAAAGGCAAGUCUAAUAUAUCUGUGAUGGUGUCAACAAUAGACUGCCAAGAACUGCUUCAAAGGCUCUCUUUGCAAUCAGGGAACGAAAGGGGCUCUUUGGCACAGGAAAACAAGCACUCAAGCCUGGAGGUGGAUGGAACGGAACCUACUGAUGACCUUGAUGUGAACCAAGAACCUGGAACAAUUGAGCAAGUCCCAAUUAGUUGAGUUAAUUUUGUCACUUUCUUUUUCCUUUUUUUAUUAAAUUAAUGGAGAGACUGUUGUCUAAAGAAUUUGAAGUUACAGGAGAGACUGCUGUCCCAAGAAUUUGAAGCUACAGGAGAGUCUCAGCAUUUUGAAGUGUAUCAUAUGCUUGGUUGACAAGCUUCUGUUUUUUUCUUGGCAGAUCAA